AUGAUUGUUAAGAUUUCUCUCUUCUUAAAUGUCGUUAUCAUUCUCUUGGAAUCAUCUGUUGUAUUGUCGACCCCAAUCAAACGUGCGGUUGCGCCAUUUCUCUUUGGUCCAAGUGCUAACAAAUUAGAGAAGAUAAUGUUCGCUGAUAACAACUUUGCUGCAUCGAAUUCACACCGAUUUUUUGGUCCGUCUAGCAUUGCCGAUUCCUCAAAACUCGCUCAUGUUGCUGCUUUAGAUGACGCUUUCAUAAAACGCGAUCCCGGAAUUUCUCAUUUCCUCGUACCAGAAGCUGAGAAAGCUGAAAAGAUUUUUUUUGCCGAUAACAACUUUGCUGCAUCGGCUUCCGACAGAAUCUUUGGUCCAUCUAGCGUUGCUGAUUCCGCCAAAAAAGCUCAUGUUGCUGCUUUAGAUGACGCAUUUAUAAAACGUGAUCCAUCAGUUAUGCACCCUCUCCAAUUUUUGGGACCGGAAGCUGAAAAAAUAGAGGAAAUUUUUUUCGCCGAUAACGUAUUUGCUGCAUCAUCAUCUCCUGGAAUCUCUCCCGGAAUCUUUGGUCCAACUAGCAUUGCUGAUUCCUCUAAAAAAGCUCACGUUGCUGCUUUAGAUGACGCAUUUAUAAAACGUGAUCCAUCAGUUAUACACCCUCUCCAAUUUUUGGGACCGGAAGCUGAAAAAAUAGAGGAAAUCCUUUUCGCCGAUAAUGUAUUUGCUGCAUCAUCAUCUCCCGGAAUCUUUGGCCCAACUAGCAUUGCUGAUUCCUCUAAAAAAGCUCACGUCGCUGCUUUAGAUCGCACUUUCAUUUAG